ACAACAUUGAGUUCUGCUUUCAAAGUUGAGAUGCACAAUAAUUGUUUCUCAGCUUUACGCAUAAGCCUUACGCACAAACGAAACUAACUCAAGAGACUGUUUCAUUGAUUAAAACAUGGAGGACAUUUUAGCGCGUAAUGUGACUUUUUCUGCGCCGGAGUGCGCUGGAGCACAGCCUGAUGCGCAGCACAAUGCGACCUCUUGGAACUUGGAAAGGUCCAACAUGAGCUGCAGCAACGCGUCCGUGCUCCGAUCACAGUACACCAGGCACCGGGGUGACAACCACACCCUGCGCAUCUUCUUGUACUCCCUGAUCUUCUUCUUGAGCGUGUUUGGAAACCUACUGAUCAUCGUGGUGCUGACGGUGAACAAGCGAAUGCGCACAGUCACCAACACCUUCCUCCUGUCACUGGCGGUGAGCGACCUGAUGAUGGCGGUAGUGUGCAUCCCGUUCACUCUCAUCCCCAGUAUCCUCAAGGACUUCAUCUUCGGUGCGGCCAUGUGCAAGAUCGUGGCCUACCUGAUGGGCAUCUCCGUCAGCAUCUCCACGUUUAGCCUGGUUGCCAUAGCAAUUGAACGCUACAGUGCCAUCUGUAACCCUCUGAAGUCGCGGGUGUGGCAGACGCGCUCCCAUGCCUACAAAGUCAUCGCGACCACCUGGGUGCUGGCCUUCAUCAUCAUGAUCCCCUACCCUGUGGUCAGUCACCUACAGCGGGUGCAGCGAGUCGAUAAUUCCACAGCUCACCUGUGUCGCCACAAGUGGCCCCUGGCCACCGCCGAGCAGACAUGGUACAUCUUGCUGUUGCUUGUGCUGUUUGCCAUCCCUGGUGUAGUGAUGAUUGUGGCCUAUGGACUCAUCUCUAGGGAGCUGUACCGAGGCAUUCAGUUUGAGAUGGGACACAAGAAGGGCUCUUCAGAUGUGAAAAAUGGCCUGACCUCCACUCUGUCCACUGGGAGCGACGAUGGCGAUGGUUGCUAUGUGUCCCAGCGGCCCGCGUCCAUGGAGAUGUCCAGCGUGGGCCACAACAAGUCCCAGAAGUCGGACCGUCCCCGCAGCAACACCUCCGAGGCAAAACUGGAAGCUAAGAAGCGCGUAAUCCGUAUGCUAGUGGUCAUCGUGGUCAUGUUCUUUAUCUGCUGGAUGCCCAUUUACUGCGUCAACACUUGGAGAGCCUUUGACAAUGUCUCGGCCUUGCACGCUCUUUCCGGCGCUCCCAUUGGUUUCAUCCACCUCCUCUCCUACACCUCUGCCUGCGUUAACCCCAUCAUCUACUGCUUCAUGAACACGCGGUUUCGUAAAGCCCUCCUGGUCACCUUUUCUUGUUGCUCGUCACCCUGCCGCCAUCGCCGCCACUCGAUACGGGAACACGAGGAGGACGCCAUGGCCACUGCAGCAUCCAUGUCUAAGUUUAGCUAUACCACAGUGAGCACUAUGGGUCCCUGUUGAGGACAUCUGCAUAAAAAUAAACUUCAAACCGUGAUGUUGGGGUAAAAAAUUAUAUUGUAGCAGUAG